AUGGCAUCUAUUCGAAGAACCUUGUCCCCGGUUGCUAGAGCUGGAACUGUAGCAAAUGUGGAAGUCUGUUCAGUAGCUUCUCCAUUGUGUAAGUCAUCGUCGAGUCCUCAGAACUUCUCACCUUCAGUUGGAUUGGACUAUCGUGCUUUUGUGUUUGGUGCUUUCUCGCCGAGGUGUUUCAGGGGUUUUGAGAGAUCAAAGCCAAGGGGCCAGCUUUGGAGGAAGGUGCUUUUCCAUUUUUUCAUUUGUUUCAUGGUUGGUAUUUCCAUUGGACUCAUUCCACUUGCAUCAACACACAUGUCAAUAAAUCUCAUGCCAAAACAUCGAGCCUUCUCCUUCGAGGUAAUAUCUGCAGUGGGGAAUUUCCAGAAGCUUGAAAAUGCAGCGUUAAAUGUGACACCAUCAACCAAUGAGGCUGUGAAUUUUAAUGCUUCUUUGUAUGUAGCUGUGAAAGAACCAGAUCUAAUAGAUGGAGAGUCAUAUAAUAUAUCCAAUAGCCAAAUCAGUGAACAUUCAUAUGUGGAGUCUCAAAAGCUUCUCAUAAUUGUCACUCCAACAUACAAUCAUCUAUUUCAAGCAUAUUACUUGCACCGCUUGUCACAAACUUUAAAACUGGUCUCACCUCCCUUGUUGUGGAUUGUUAUUGAGGUGACUUCCCAAUCUGAAGAAACUGCUGACAUCUUAAGGAGUAGUGGGGUUAUGUACAGGCAUCUAAUUUGUACAGCGAAUAUAACCAACCCAAGCCAUAGGAGCAUUUUUCAAAGAAAUGUUGCAAUGGCUCAUAUCGAAACCCAUCGUCUUGAUGGGAUUGUUUACUUUGCAGAUGAUGAUAACAUCUACUCAGUGGAGCUCUUUCAGCAAAUGCGAGAAAUAAGGCGAUUUGGAACAUGGACUGUGGCAAGAUUAACGGGGGAUAAAAGUAGUAUUGUCUUGCAAGGACCCAUCUGUAAUGGAAGUCAAGUAAUUGGAUGGCAUACAUAUGAGUCAAAUGGGAAAUCUAAAAGAUUUCAUGCUGAAAUGCCGGGUUUUGCCUUCAAUAGCACAAUACUCUGGGAUCCAAAGAAGUGGCAUCGUCCCACUCUGGAACCUAUCAGGCAACUUGACACAGUCAAGGAAAGUUUGUGGGUCAGCACAUUAAUUGAGCAGUUGAUUGAAGAUGAAAGUCAAAUGGAAGGUUUAAUGGACAACUGCUCGAGUGUUAUGGUCUGGCAUAUUGAUCUCGAAGCAUCUUAUUCGUCCUAUCCGCAAAAAAGGACUGUAAAGAACAACCUGGAUGCCAUUUUGCAGCUUCCAAUUGUGUGA